UUUCUUGAUAAGUUUUCAUCUAUGUAACAAUAUUGGCAGAUGCUAAUUAUGACAAAUUAUGACGUAAGCUGUCAGAGUAAUGUAUUAAAAUAAUUUAAAAGAAUGAUAAAUUUGUCAAUGCUGCUGGUUGUGCUAUGCGUGUCGGGCGACGCGAGCGCGGCGAACGCGAGGCGCGUUUCAGGCAACAAAACAACAUACGGGUUUUUUCGUGAAGUGGUGCGUGGCACAGGCGGCGGGGCGGGCGGCGCAGGCGGCGCGCGGCGUGUGUUCGGCGGUGCCGCGGCGCAGCUCAGUGAGUUCCCGACGGCGUGCGCACUGCUGGACCGCUACUUCGCGACGCGGUGCUCGGCGGCCGCUCUGGCGUCGCAUUGGGCGCUCACCGCGGCGCACUGCAUCUCGCCGCUCGUCGCCUACGUAAAGUACAACACGCGCCGCCCAGCGACGGAGGAGGGCGAUGUCUCUGCCGUCCACUACCUUUACCGCCACCCGGAGUACCGCGUGGUGCAGGAGGACGAGGGGUACGGCAUGGACGUGACGGUGCUGCACAACGAUGUGGGGCUGGUGCGGUCGCGGGACGAGCUGCGCCUGCGCGCGCCGCUCCCGCACGACGCCCUCGCCGCGCUGCGCAGAUACGACCCUGGAAAUCUCAUGGAUGCUGAAGUUCAAGUAACCAAAAGAUUUUUGUCUAAACCUUAG